CUGCUGAUAUCUGAACUAUGAUAUGUGAUCUUGCUCAGGAUUACAAAAAACUCCACUUGCGCACACUUGUCUCAUGCGCAGUUGCACAAAUGGUGCCGACGGACACCCAACGAUGUAUCCAUGCGACUGCUGAUCUCUGAACUAUGAUAUGCGAUCUCAGAUUUACGGAAAACUCCACUUGCGCACACUUGUCUCAUGUGUGGUUGUACAAAUGGUGCCGACGGACACACAACAAUGUAUCCAUGCGACGGCUGAUAUCUGAACUAUGAUAUGCGAUCUCUCUCGGAUUUACGGAAAACUCCGCUUGCGCACACAUGUGUUUUGCGCACGGCCGGACCAAUGCUGCCGAAGCCACAACGAUGUGGCCAUGCGAUGGCUGCGAUCUGAAAUAUAAUACGUGAUCUCUCUCGGAGUUACGGAAAACUCCACAUGUAUUUCGUGCACGGCCGGACCAACGGUGCCGUUCCCGGAGCUCUCAUGCGCAACCGCACAAACGGUGCUGUUUCUGUUUCCAUCAGAGCCUCGACGAUGCGUCCAUGUGACUGCUGAUAUCUGAACUAUGAUAUGUGAUCUCUUUCGGGAUUACGAAAAACUCUGGUUGCGCUCACGCUCGUCUCGUGCAUGGAUGCACACAUGGUGCCGUUCCCAUAGCCGACGGACACCCGACGUUGUGAUAUCUGAGGAGAUAUGAUAUGUGAUCUCUCUCGGAAUUACGAAAAACUCCGCCUAUGCGCAUACAAGUUCCGUGCACGGCCGGACCAACGGUGCUCUCAUGCGCAACCGCACUAACGGUGCUAUUCCCGUUUACGCCGGAGACCCAACAAUAUAUCCAUGUGGUUACUACGAUCUGGAAUAUGAUAUGUGAUCUCGCUCGGGAUUACGAAAAGCUCCGAUUGCGCGCACAUGUGUCUCGUUCACAACCGGACAAGCGGUGCCAUUUCUAGUGCUGCUGAAGUGGCACGAAUAGUGUCGUUCCCAUAGUCCUGACGAUGUGGGCGCAUGACUGCUGCUCUCUGGAAUAUGAUAUGUGAUCUCGCUCAGAAUUACGAAAAACUCCGCCUAUGCGCAUACAUGUUUUGUGCACGGCCGGACAAGUGUGCCAUUCCCGGAGCUGUGGCACGAACGGUAGCCACUGGAGUCCCGACGAUGUGGGCGCAUGACUCUGAAAUAUGAUAUGUGAUCUCUCUUAUUACUAUUAUUAUAAGUUGGGUUGAAGUCCUGUCUCCGCAGACAUCCUACUUCUGCUGGGACGCAAUAACCUCCGCUCAUCCGCCUCGACUUCCGAAAAAACUCCGAAUCUGCGUGCGCAGCCAGGUCUGGGAUGCCGUUCCCGUAGCCGCCGGAGCCCCAACGAUGUGGCCAUGUCUCCGCGUGUGGUGCCGGCUGGUGGUUCUCACCGUGGUCCUCCUCCCGGUCGGGGAGCUCUGCCCGGCGGCCUGUAGCUGCCUGGACUACCACACCAUCGACUGCCGGGACCAAGGCCUCUUCCGGGUGCCCAGCCCGUUCCCGCUGGACGUCCGCAAGCUCCUGGCGGCCGGCAACCGCAUCCGGGAGAUCCCGCCGGACUUCUUUGUCUUCUACAACGACCUGGUCUACCUGGACUUCCGCAACAACGCCAUCUCGGCCUUGGAAGGCGGCACCUUCAGCAGCUCGGCCAAGCUGGUCUUCCUGGACCUGAGCUACAACAACCUCACCCAGCUGGACGCCGGGGCCUUCAGGUCGGCGGAGAAGCUCAUCAAGCUGAGCCUGGGCCACAACAGCCUCUCCGCCGUGGACCGCCAGGCCUUCCAGAGCCUCGGCCAGCUCCAGGUGCUGGAGCUCAACGACAACGAGCUGCGGACGCUGGACGUGGCCGCCUUGGAGGCUUUGCCCAACCUGCGGACAAUCCGCUUGGAAGGAAACCCCUGGCUGUGCGACUGCGACUUCGCCGGGCUCUUCAGCUGGCUGGAAGGCAACGCCAACAAGCUCCAGAAAGGCCUUGAUGAAAUCCAGUGCACCGUCCCCGUGGAGGACAUCACCAUCUUCCUCAGCGAACUGACGCAGGCGAGCUUCAGGGACUGCAAGUUCAGCUUGUCGCUCACGGACCUGAUCAUCAUCAUCUUCUCCGGCGUGGCUGUCUCCAUCGCCGCCAUCGUCUCCAGCUUCGUGUUGGCCCUCAUCGUGAACUGCUUCCAGAAAUGCGCUCCCAGCAAAGACGACGACGAAGAGGAUGACGACGAUGACUGAAGAAGGCCUCCUGGGUCGGCUCGGCGGCCAAAAUCCGAAAGACAAGAAAGGGCCGAAGAAGGGUUUGUAGGAACUCAACUCAAAGGUCACCAGUAUCUAUGGACUUCUCCUGGUUAGAUCUCUUGGUCAAGCUGUCGCAAAAUCAAAGACACGACGGGGAGAAAAUCCAAGGUGUCUGCUUUGGUGACAGAGACCCACAUUUUGAUGUCCGCUUUCUAGUUUUCUAGUGCUUUUUGUUAAAAUAAUAAUAAUAAUCCACACAUUGUUAGCUGAAGAGUUCACUACAUUUUAUGUCGACAAUUGAAAAGAGUUCACUAACACUGGUUUCAGAAGAACAAUAUGGGAUGGACUUCUUUAGCUCUUCCAAAUGUUGAUAAAUAUGGCCUACAUUUUUUUGGAAGAAUGAUAUUGGAUAGUCUAUCCAUAACGCACUUCUUUAGAUCUUCCAAAUGUUAAUGAAUAUCAACAUCUUUCGUUCUGGAAGAAUGAUAUGAGAUGGCCAACCCAUGACACACUUUAUUAGAUCUUCCAGAUGUUGAUAAAUAUGUAUUUUUGAAGAAAGAUAUGGGAUGGCCAACUCAUGACACACUUCAGAAGAGCCAUAUGGAAUGAUCAACCCAUGACAUACUUCAUUCAGUCUUCCAAAUUGGUUUCGGAAGAAAGUUCUAGGGUGGUCAACCCAUAAUGCACUUCUUUAGUUCUUCCAAAUGUUUAUAAAUAUGGCCUAUGUUGGCUUUGGUAGAAUGAUAUGGGAUGGUCAUUCCAUGAUGCACUUUAGAUCUUUCAAAUGCAGACAAAUAUGGCCUUCUUUGGUUCUGGAGAAAGAUAUGGAGUGGUCAACCCAUGACGCACUUCUUUAAAUCUUCCAGAUGUUGAUAAAUAUGGAUUUUUGAGGAACGAUAUGGGAUGGUCAACCCAUACCGCACUUUAGAUGUUCCAGAUGUUGAUAAAUAUGGAUUUCUGAAGAACCAUGUGGGAUGAAUGACACACGUUUUUGGGUCUUCCAGAUGUCAAUCAAUAUAGCCUACUAAUUAAUAAUAAUAAUUCUUAUUUUAGUAGGAGAAUUAGAUCUUAGGAAAUGCAAAAAUUUAGCGCUUAAUGCAAUGCCUAGGAAGAAAAAGAUGAGACGGAUGAGGUUCUAAUAAGACAAGAUCCAGUUUGCACCAAUUGUUUCAAACCGUAGCAUGACUUAGUAAAAUUGCAACUCCCAUGUUUCCGUAACAUGACCUUGCUCGUUAUGUAAAUUAACAACGAUUUGGGGGAAAGCGAUGCCCUGUUUCCGUGCCUUUUGAGGAUCUCAGCGACCAAUUCACAAAGGGCUGCAACCGUUUCCAAGGUUUCCCCCGGGUCUACACGGUGGAGUUAACACAGUUUGGUACCACUUUCGAACUGCCACGGCUUGUGGGAGAUGCAGUUUGCAUUCUUGGCCCCCAGGAAGGCUCCAAACCGUGCCAAACUACAACUCCCAUCAUGCCGUAGUGAGUGAAGCAUGUUUUAAUUGAUUCAGCCAAAUAAUAUUAUAUUAUAUUACCGGAGUGACAACGAAUGGUUUUGUAGCUCAGAACGAAUCUGUUCCUCUGUUGGCAAAAUUGACUUUCUUUUUUGCACAAUGUAGUGCCAUGAUGACAGAGAAUAAUAGUAAUAAUAAUACUAAUAAACAUAUAUUUCUAAUUA